GACAAAAACAUACUGACACUUAAAACGCAAUAACUUCACUUCCAAUAGAUGAAAUGUCAUGAAAUUUUUACUAGAAGUCAAUAAAAGAUUGCAGAUUCUAACGCACUAGUCGACAUAUAGAUGGCGUCACUAGAGUUUACUUUGUUACUUUUUUACUGUUUACUUUGGAACGCACCUUGUAUUAUAAGUCAAGGAGAUAAAACUGCUUAUUAUUUAUCUACUUGUAUUUAUGGAAUUGUCGUUUUUUAUCAGUUAAUUAAAAAAUAUUUGGAAGAAGUAUUAUUUCAACCGAUUAAUUAAAUUUCCUAUAAAAGAAUACAUCAAAGGUGCUCUACAGUUAUUUGUAGUUUAAAGAAGUGAACGAAAACAACAAGCUGUGAAAGAACUUACUUAAGCGUAAUGAAAUUAUUUUUUCUUGGAUUAUGUUUGGCAAUAGCCGUGGUCGAUGCUGGAAUUUUGGUGAAUCCUUGUAAGCGUGUAGGAUUAUUCGCACUCGUCGAUAACUCUCAAUUAUUUUAUGCAUGUGAUCUUAAUGAGGACGACACAUUCAAUAUCAAAUAUUUAAAUUGUGAAAGUGGGUACAUUUUUAAUCGUUACGAUGGAUUCUGUGUGCCAAAAGUCGCGUAUUUUAGUGACUCCGAAGACAGUUCUGAUGGCGAUGAAGAUGUACAAAAUCCUACAAUACCCACAACUUCUACGACAAGCGGUGACCUCAUCAGACCAACUAUACCCAAUAGAGCUCCGACUGGUAGUAUUGACAAUCAGACACCCGCAGAAGAUGAGUCUGAAACUACUGAUGCAUCGGCAACAACGGAUGACCCUGCAACUACUGAAGAUCCGGAAACAACUGAUGCCUCUGUAACUACUGAAGAGCCGGCAACAACUGAUACUCCUGUAACUACUGAACAGCCGGAAACAACAGAUGCUCCUGUAACUAUCGAAAGGCCAUCAACAACUGAUGCCCCCGUAACUACUGAAGAGCCGGAAACAACAGAUGUCGCGAUAACUACUGAAGAGCCAGGAACAACUGAUGCCACUGUAACUACUGCAGAGCCGGCAACAACUGAUGUCUCUGCAACUACUGAAGAGCCGGAAACAACAGAUGCCCCUGUAACUACUGAAGAGCCGGAAACAACCGAUGCUGUAACAACUAGUACCACCAUAACCACUGAUGCACCUACAAGCACUGAGAAUCCAGAUACAACCACGCAAGAACCGGAAUCUACUACACUACCGGCAUUCGAUUGCCCCGAUGUUGGCUUCUAUCCACAGUUUGGCUCUUGUGAGAAAUUCGCUUUUUGCGCCGAAGUUAAUGGCGAAAUUGUGUAUUAUUUACAAAGUUGUCCCGAAGGUCAACAGUUUAACUAUUGCUCGAACUUUUGUGAUAGCAAUUUUGAUUGCAACGCAGACUGCCCCUCAACUAUGAAGUUGCCCGAAGAAAACCGCUCUUCGAUAUUCAACCUUUUUCAUUUUCUUAAAUUGUUUUAAAUGACUAUUAUAUUACAUCGGGUUUGGACCCUAAGAAAAGAAUGUUUUGCUUUUCAUGAAACUAAUCACGUGUAAUAAAAGCAUUUAAAUAAAUUUAAUUUUUUAUGUACAUAUCUACAGUAGCAUAGCUUGUUUUCAAAUGCGAAAUUAAUUAUAAUACUCGACUAAUACGAGCACGAAAAGAACAAGAGUUUAUUUUUUCUUAUUGAGGUCUUCUCAUGAAUAAACCUUAUCUUUGGUCGAGACGGCUCUUGCUAA